GCCCGUCCUUCGUGCUGGGCCACAGGUGGCUGGCGUACAACCUGCCGCCGCAGCAGUCCGCGGCCUCCUCCGCGGGCCUCGCCGCCGGCCGCGGGCUGCUCGCAGGCGGCGCCCGUCAGCUGCCCACGGUCAUGCGGGACGGCGUGCGCUACCUGGGCCAGGUCGGCCAGCGCACGCUGGACAACAUGCUGAUGCCGCUGCCCGAGGGCGCCGACCAGCCGCCCGUCGCCCGCGCGGGCGUCGUGGUGGUCCGGGACGUGGCGUCGAGAGGCGUCGUGGCGCAGUUGGAGGACCACUCCGAGCCCGUCGACGCCAUGGCCUGGGACCCCAGCGGCCUCCAGCUCGUCACCGCGGGCGCGCAGGGGCACCAGGUCUUGGUCCACCGCGCGCUGCUGGGCAUGCAGCAGGCGCUCGUCGUGCAGGACGCCGCCGGCGACGGGCCCGCGCGCGGCGGCGUGGUGUUCCAGCACCUGUACACCCUCUCGAGAGGCGUCACGCCUGCCGUCAUCAGCGACAUCGCCGUCUCCGACAACGGGCAGUUCGUCGCGGUCUCGUCCGCCAAAGGCACCACGCACGUGUUCCGCCUGCCGCCCCUGCACUCCGCGGCAAUCGGGCACCACUGCUUGGCCGAGCAGGGCGCGGUGCGCCUGGCGCCCGCGCAGCCGCGCACGUCCGCGCCGGCAG